AUGAGUGAUGACUUACGGACUAAUCAUCAGCAUGAUGUGGCAAUGAUGAAAAUACUUCUUUGUAAAAGCCGCACGUACUGUGGACGAUCUGAUGAAACAGCUUGGGAGUUGAUAGAUAUAGAUGACUCCGGAGUCAGGAAGAUAGAUGACUCAUUGCCUACCAUGUUUUGUGACAACUCGCAAUCAAUGGAAGAGCCCUACGUUUAA